AUGACCAGCGGGCAGGGUGUGCAGGCCGGUCGGACCCCGUUUGAGUUCUGCGACCCCCUGGAGCCAGCGCAGCUGAGACCGGUCCCUUGUCCCGCCAGCAACGGCAGCAGCCCGCACGCCCGCGGGCCGUCCCAGCCCGGCAGGGGCACCGUGACGGCACCAAACCCCUUCCCACCCGACACAGGAAGGCCGGAGCUGGAGAUGGGGGUGCCGGAUCACCAGUUUGGGCAGCCGGGAAUGGGGGAGCAGAUCCCCUGGCCGGAUAACAGCAUGGCAGCCAUGAAUCGAGGCGCGCUGAAUAAAGCCGAAGACCAGUGCAUCACCUCGCAGCUGGACGAGCUCCUGUGUCCUCCCACCACGCCGGAGGGACGGAACGAUGAGAAAGCUCUGCUCGAGCAACUCGUCUCCUUCCUCAGCGGCAAAGACGAGACGGAGUUGGCCGAGCUGGAUCGAGCUCUUGGGAUCGAUAAACUCGUCCAGGCCCUGACAGAACGAUUCCAACCCCAACAAGCCACCCCACCGCUCAUGAUGGAGCAGAAACCCGGCAUGUAUCCCCAGCCUUACUCCUCUGCCUCUCCCACCACCAACCUCCCCGGCGCUUUCCCCGGCAUGGUCAGGCAGAAGCCGUCCUUCGGAGCCAUGCCGGUCCAGGUCCCGCCGCCCCGCGGAGCCUUCCCCACCAGCAUGGCCAUGCAACCCCGCCAGACGCUCAGCAGACCCCCGACGGCCCCCAACCAACUGCGACUUCAGCUGCAGCAGCGGCUGCAGGGCCAGCAGCAGCUGAUCCAUCAAAACCGGCAGGCGAUCCUAAACCAGUUCGCAGCCAAUUCCCCGGUGGGCAUCAACAUGCGGGCGGGGAUGCAGCAGCAGAUCACGGCGCAGCCUCCCCUCAAUGCCCAGAUGCUGGCCCAGCGCCAGCGGGAGCUCUACAGCCAGCAGCACCGGCAGCGGCAGCUCAUGCAGCAGCGAGCCAUCCUGAUGAGACAGCAAAGCUUCGGAAACAACCUCCCUCCUUCCGCCGGCCUCCCGGUCCAGAUCGGAGCGGCUCGCUUACCCCAAGCACCCCCCCAGCAAUUCCCUUACCCCCCAAACUACGGUACGAGCCCAGGAAACCCUCCCACUUCCACCAGUCCCUUCUCACCGUUGGCAUCCAACCCCGAGGCCGCGCUGGCCAACCGCAGCAGCAUGGUGAACAGGGGGAUGAUGGGCGGCGUCGGGGGGCAGUUUGGCACUGGGAUGACCCCGCAGAUGCAGCAGAACAUCUUUCAGUAUUCGGGAUCAGGCAUGGGUCAGCAAAGCGAACCCGCCUUCGCUCCGUCGCUCAGCCCCAGCAGCCCCUUGAUGUCACCGCAGCUCCCGCCUUCGCAAAGCCCCAUGCUGCAGCCGGCCCCCCCGACACCCGGCUACCAGUCGCCUGACAUGAAGAGCUGGCAGCAGGGAGCCAUGGGGAACAGCAGCGUAUUCAGCCAAGCAGGGCAGAGCCAGGCGGCGCCGGCUCAGCAGGGCAUGUACAACAACAUGAGCAUCACCGUCUCCAUGGCGGGAGGAAACACCAACGUCCAGAACAUGAACCCCAUGGCCGGACAGAUGCAGAUGAACUCGCUGCAGAUGCCCGGGAUGAACUCCAUGUGCUCGGAGCAGGUCAAUGACCCGGCGCUGAGACCUGCAGGCCUUUACUGCAACCAGCUUUCCUCCACUGACCUUUUGAAAACAGAAGCAGAUGGGGCGCAGGUCAGUAAGAAACUGCUAAACACAUCUCAG